GCAAAAUACUUACAGAUGAGACAGUCUUAUCGGAAUAUAACAUCGACGAGAAAAAAUUUAUUGUGGUUAUGGUCACGAAACCAAAGCAGCCAGAAAAGACGGACAGUGGUGAUAGCAGCUCUGUUCAUUCUGCAAGUAUGCCAGCUACACACAGUCCUAGACCUACACCGGCUCCAGUCUCUGAAGAUCCGGCACCUGUUGCAAAUCCGCCACCUCCUGUAGUUGUUGCCGAGCUACCAUCCACAAUCAGUAGUGCAGCAGAAUCUGCCCUCUUGAUGGGAGAAGAUUAUGAAAAUAUGGUGCGAAACAUCAUGGAUAUGGGAUAUGUCAGAGAUCAAGUAGAACAGGCACUCCGGGCGAGUUUUAACAAUCCCGAUAGAGCAGUCGAAUAUUUGAUCAAUGGAAUACCUGUUUUAGAUGAACAAGAAGCUGUAUGUUGAAUUUUUUUCUCUUUAGGUUAUUUACAUUUUAGUCUAUUUAACAAUCACGUCGCGUUUUAAUAAUUGUUAAAGAAUAUAAAAAAAUAUCACAAAUAAAUCAAAAGGCAUUGAAAUUGUUAAUAAAAAGUGAAAAAUAUGA